UGCGUCACGUGACUCCGAUCACAUGGCGCCCAACAUGGCGGCGCCCAGGGCCGCGGCGAGCGGCGGCUCCGUGACGCGGCGGCUGCUCCGGAGCGUCUCCCGCCGCCUCAGCAGCGGCCGCGCCGCGCGGGAGGAGCCCGAGGCCGCCGUGGUGAACGUUGUGUUCGUGGACCGCGAGGGGCGGCGGGUCCCGGUUCGGGGCCGGGUCGGGGACAACGUGCUGAGCCUGGCACAGAAACACGGGCUGGAGCUGGAGGGUGCCUGCGAGGCCUCCCUGGCCUGCUCCACCUGCCACGUUUACAUCAGCGAGCCGCACCUGGGCCGGCUGCCGGCGCCCGAGGAGCGGGAGGAGGACCUGCUGGACCAGGCGCCGCUGCUGCAGGAGAAUUCCCGCCUGGGCUGCCAGGUCCUGCUGAGCCCCGCCCUGGAGGGCGCCGAGAUCGCCCUGCCCCGGGUCAGCCGCAACUUCUACGUGGACGGACACGUGCCCAGACCCCACUGACACCCCCAAAAUAGCGAAUAAAAAUAACAAAAAAAAGUAAAAAAAAAUAAAGAAAAAAUUAAAAAAAAAAAUUAAAAAAAAAAAAUCGCAUUUUCUGUCUCAAAUGGC